GAAACGAGCCACUGCGAUCCCACCCCAAACCUCAGGGGGCGCUAUUCAAUUUCGUUCUGAUGGGAAUGGAGCAUUGUUUUCUUUCUGCGCUUGCGCAGCAAGGAAGCCUCACUUCCGUCCAUACGCGCGCACCGUCUGAACUCGGCGGUCCCUCGACGAACACGAUGAAGUUCAACCCCUUCGUGACCUCGGACCGCAGCAAAAACCGCAAACGUCAUUUCAAUGCCCCCUCCCACGUGCGCAGGAAAAUCAUGUCGUCUCCACUCUCCAAGGAGCUGCGACAGAAGUACAACGUCCGCUCCAUGCCCAUCCGCAAGGACGACGAGGUCCAGGUGGUUCGAGGACACUACAAAGGUCAGCAAAUUGGCAAGGUAGUCCAGGUGUAUAGAAAGAAGUACGUCAUCUACAUUGAACGGGUGCAGCGUGAGAAGGCUAACGGCACGACUGUCCACGUGGGCAUUCACCCCAGCAAGGUGGUCAUCACCAGGCUAAAACUGGACAAAGAUCGGAAAAAAAUUCUUGAACGCAAAGCCAAAUCUCGACAGGUUGGGAAAGAGAAAGGAAAAUAUAAGGAGGAACUUAUUGAGAAAAUGCAGGAAUGAAUAUACCCUGUUGCACAACCAUGGUUUAUCUGUAGGUUUUUUACCUGGCAUGUAGGCCUUUAAAACUUUUCAAGAUGUCUCUCUCUCUCGAGUAUUUUAUUUCCUUCCUGUUUUGUUAUUAUUAUUUAUGUGGUUCUGUAAAUCCACUUCUGCUGUUUUGAUUAAUAAUUUUAUGAAUAAAAAUUGGAAAUGUU